AUGCUCGACAGCAUGGCCGGGUACGUCGACACCGUGCCCAGGAAUAAGUCGACGAGGUUGAAUCCGGACCACUGGCGGUUCUUGAAAAAGGCCAUGAGACGGGAGGGCGGGCCGGGGUUGGACGUGCCUGGCACCAUCUCGAGCGUCUUCAGCCCGACGUAUUGGGCGAGCAAGACUCGCUCCGGACACGCUCGUACCUCUGUCUUUGGGCGGUCGUGGUUCAAACGUGUGUGGGCGAUACAAGAAAUUGCCAUGUCUGCGCGCGCCGUUGUCGUGUGCGGUCGGUCCUCGACUCGCUGGACCAAGCUGGAGAAGGCGUAUGGCGUGUCUGAGGUCUGGGAGCUGUGGAAAGACGGCCAGUAUCUUCGGACGUUGAUCGAUAUGCGGGCCAGCAUCCAGGCUGGUGCGAGGGAAGACUUGGGCCGUGUCAUGUCCAAGGUGUCCUGUUUCCCGGCCACGGAGUCGCUGGGUCGUAUUUGUGCCAUCCUGGGCUUGGCCGAGGAGCUUCCCCGGGAUCUGGAGAUUGAGAUUGAUUACACCGCGGAUACAAGCUCCAAGUCUGUCGAGGCCACCCGCGCGGCGGGGAGGCAGAGCCGGCCUGGAGAGCCUAAUGUUCGCUUUAGCAGCGACGGCCGCCUGCUCUUCCUUCACGGCAUCGUCGUUGACGAGAUCAUAGAGGUCGGCCCCGUCUUCGGCAACAUACAACCAGGUUACAGACCGAAGCUACACGGGACGAGGCUCCGGAUUGGCGAUGUUCAGUUGCCGCGCGGCUGCUCGCCCUGCCUAAACUCGUCGAAACGGGUCGCCGAUGCCGUUGGCCCGGGUUCGUAUCCGGGGACAAAUGAGACCCGGAGGCAGGCAUGGAUGGGUUUCCUGACGGGCAUUGCCAUACUGAAGGAUGGCGUGGCAGGUGAGGAAAGGACCAGGUCGCUGAUGCGUUAUAAGGAGGCGCUCACAAGGCCGCAUCAUAUCCUGGGCAGGGGUCCCGGCGAGCUGCCGUGGUCAAAGAAGACUUGCUCGCGCGACCGUGAAAUGCCUCGUAUGGCUGACAGCAUGUUCGCUUCGUUCGAGCUCAUCAGCACCUUGAUGGAGUUCAUGUCGAAGCGGCGUGUCGCGAGGACGUCGCAGGGGUACGUAGGGCUGUGCGACCGCUACACCGAGGCUGGAGACCAUCUUGCUCUCGUCGGUGGCGUCUGUGUUCCCGUUGUUCUUCGUCCGGCCUCUGAGCAUCGCUGGCUGUUGAUAGGGCAGUCGUACGUUUACGGCGCCAUGCAUGGCGAGCUGUGGUCUGCUGAAAGGGCCGCGAGCCUGUGUGUUGAAUGA